GAAUUCGCACGCACAGCCCCGAGGAGGAGCCCAGCUGGGGAAACCCUCCCCGCCCUGAGUGUCCUACAUCUUCCAGAGGGGGAACAGCAGCGCCGCUGGAUUUACGCGGAUUUUUUUAUAUAUAUAUAUUUUUUUUUCCCCUCUUCCCACGCAGCAAUUCCCAGUCCCAGCUGCUCCCGGCGCCGCUCGCAGCCCGGCGGAGAGUGGGAGGAAGGGGAUGCUCGGAGGAUUUGGGAAAAUCCGGAGCAUUUCCAGCCAUGCUCCACCUGGCGCGGCGGCUCCGGAGCUCACAGGAGGGAAGAGGAGCAGAUUCUUUGUGUGCCAAGGCAGCUGAAUUCAGGCAGAGCUUUGCAUUCCAGCGGAAUUCCCGGCUUUUUGCUCCGUUGUUCCUAUGGAGGACCCACCUGAAGAAAUCUUCAACCCUUUCUGCGUGCUGGGAUGUCGAAAAGGAAUUUUUAGGCCAUUUUAGGCAAUUAUUGCUGAUCUUUGGACGGAGAAAUUGCCUGGCCCCAGGCAGGUUCUGCUGCUGGCAGGCACUGGAGUGGCGCUGGUUGUGUCUCAUCCCUGCACUUUGGAUUUGAAGGAAUAAAGGGCAGGAAUGCCUGGACGCCAAUCCAUCAAGCAGCUGGAAACAAGAGCUGGCUCUGCUUUGCUAAUUAGCCAGCCCAGGCUGAACUUGUCCAUAAAAAUUCACCUGGAAAGAAAAAUCCAUCAUCCAUGGGAGCAAAACCCCAGCGCUGCCGGGCACAAAUCCCGGGAAUGCUGCUCGCUGCUUUUUCCUUUAUUCUGGGAGGGUGGAAAGCGUCUCUUGAUGUGCUGCUGCUGCUUUUUUCUCGUGGCUUUGUGUCCCUUUGUCCCCGCUGAGCCGGGAAUUGCACCAGGAAUUGCACCGGGAAUUGCACCGGGGAUUGUGGAUGGCCCCACGCCAGGCCCUGCUGCUGGAGGGCUCGGUCUCUGCGUGAGCUGCUGAGGUGGCUCUGGAGCCACAGGAUUGAUGGAGAGGCACUGAAAGCAUAAACCCCUUCCCAGCGGCCACCAUGGAGCUGCCCAGCACCAAGGACUUCCAGUGGAAGUCGCUGGCGCCGCUGCCCAGCCGCAGGGUUUACUCCACGCUGGUGGAGGCGGGCGGGCAAGUCUUCGCCGUGGGCGGCUGCGACGACAACGGCGUCCCCGUGGACUCCUUCGAGGUCUACUCGCCCGAGGCCGACCAGUGGGCAUCGCUGCCCGCCAUGCCCACCGCCAGGGCCGGCGUGGCUGUGACCGUGCUGGGCAAGAGGAUCAUGGUGAUCGGCGGCGUGGGCGCCGACCAGCUGCCGCUGAAGGUGGUGGAGAUGUACAACACGGACGAGGGGCGCUGGAGGAAGCGCAGCUCGCUGCGGGAGGCGGCCAUGGGCAUCUCGGUGACGGCCAAAGAUUACAGGGUGUACGCAGCGGGCGGGAUGGGCUCGGACCUGCGGCCCCACAACUUCCUGCAGCACUACGACGUGCUCAAGGACAUCUGGGUGUCCCUGGCUGCCAUGCCCACCCCCCGCUACGCAGCCACGUCCGUCCUGAGGGGCAGCAAGAUCUACGUGCUGGGGGGAAGGCAAUCCAAGUACGCCGUCAACGCCUUCGAGGUUUUCGACACGGACACGCGCUCGUGGACCAAGUUCCCCAACAUUCCCAACAAAAGAGCCUUCUCCAGCUUCGUGCCCACCGAGGAGAAGCUCUUCAGCCUCGGGGGGCUGCGCCAGGGCCGGCUCUACCGGCAGCCCAAGUUCAUGAGGACCGUGGACGUGUUCGACCUGGAGCAAGGUGGGUGGAUGAAGAUGGAGCGCUCCUGCUACCUGAAGAAAAGGCGAGCAGACUUCGUGGCCGGCUACCUGCGAGGCAGAGUUGUCGUGGCUGGGGGCCUGGGGAAUCAGCCGACUGUGCUGGAGUCGGCAGAGGCUUUCCACCCCGAGAAGAACAAGUGGGAGAGCCUCCCCCCCAUGCCCACCCCGCGCUGCGCCUGCUCCAGCAUCGCUCUGCGGGACUGCCUGCUGGCCGUGGGGGGCGUCAGCCAGGGGCUCAGCACGGCCGUGGAGGCGCUGUGCAUCUCGGAUUCCUGACCCCAGAGCCCUGGAACACAUCCCUGUGCCUCUCGGAUUCCUGAUUGGAACCCCCCAGAGGAGAAUCCCACCUGGAACAGGUCCCUGUGCCUCUCGGAUUCCUGGUUCAAUCCUACCUGGGACAGGGUCUGGAACCCCCCGGAGGAGAAUCCCACCUGGAACAGGUCCCUGUGCCUCUCGGAUUCCUGAUUGGAACCCCCCGGAGGAGAAUACUACCUGGAACAGGGCCCUGUGCCUCUCGGAUUCCUGAUUGGAACCCCCCGGAGGAGAAUCCCACCUGGAACAGGGCCCUGUGCCUCUCUGAUUCCUGAUCCAAUCCUACCUGGAACAGAUCCCUGUGCCUCUCAGAUUCCUGACUGGAACCCACCCGGAGGAGAAUCCCACCUGGAACAGGGCCCUGUGCCUCUCUGAUUCCUGAUCCGAGACCCCCCGGAGGAGAAUCCCUCCCGGAGCAGGUCCCUGCCCCUGGCUGUCCCCAGUGGUGGCAUUGGGGACAGUGCUGGCAGCUCCGAUCCGUCCCUUCCUGCCUCCCGAAAUCCUGGACAGAGCAGCGUCCUGGGAAUGAACCCGCUGCAGGAUUUAUGGGCGAGGUGACAGCGACUGGGAUGACAAAGCCAGAGCUGGGGGUGUCCAGAGAGGGGGGAAGGAGCAGCUCUGAGCCCCGAGGAGGGAAAAGCAGCCCUGGAUGAGCCCCAAGCUCCCAUCACCCCACAGCACCCCGGGGACACCCCUGGAGCUGCCGAGUCCAGCCCUGCGUGCCCCUGGCUCGGGGUGGGGAAUUUUCCCCGCUAUGGAUCCGUGCGGAACCCGGAGGGUGAGGGCGGCGUUCCCCUCCCUGCCCUGACCCUGCACCUCAACCCUGCCCUUCCCUGAGAUGCUCCUGCUGGGAAACGGGACCCUGCAGGACACAGCCUCCCGGGUUUGGGCACAGCCGGGCCGUGCCCGCCCUGCAGGUGACGGAGAUGUGACCUGAGCCCAGGCUGGGCUGGGGCGGGCGCUCCUGGCUGUGCCCGCGGGGCGGUUUUGAGGAUUGAAGCGGUUUGGGGUGGUUUGGUUUGGGCUGGGCGCGCCCCGGGUCUCUUGGCAGAGCUGCGGACAGCAGAUGGCAUCCCUGGGCUGAGCUGCGCUGCAGCAGCACCUCGGGCAGCCCUCCCGUGGCCUGGGCUGCCCUGGCCGGGCGCUGCUGGACCGGGGCCACUCUAAAAUCCCAUUUCAGGUGGUGCAAGAGCCAGCAAAUAAAUUGGAUGCUGCGCGUCUCCUACAGUAAAUUAUUCCCGCAGAGAGACACCCGUGUGGAGCCCAAACAUCUCCCAGGAGGUGGGACAGAGAUGGGUUUGGGUCUGAAGAGUCCCUGAUGCUGCUGCCACCACCAGUCCAGGAAAUGCCUCCGGGGCUGAGCCCCGAGUUCUGCAGUGAAUCCCUUUGGGAUGAGAGGGCAGCAGAGCUCCUUUCCCUGGAUAAAUGCUGGGUUUGUCACCAGCCAGCUCCUCCUGGCCCUGGGGAGCUGCAGGAAGCCCUGGGCCGGUCCCUCUGGCCCCGCACCCUCCAUGCCCGCACGCCUUUAUCCCAACCCAGCCGAGCCUUCGGAGUUUCCCAGCGCCAAAAAAAAAAAAAUUAAAAAAAAAUAUCCCGGAGCGGCCCCGGCCGUGUCCUCGCCUGAACUCCGCAGGCUCGAGGUUUACUGAGAGGCUUUUCAGCCCCGGUGGCUGCUCCGACACAGAGGCACAGGGCCGAGCUGCUGCCAAAAAUCCUCAUUUAUCGUCCCCGAGCAGACUUUCCUGCACAAACAGGAAACUUCCUCAAGGAACAUCCUCCAGAGGAUCCGGCGGUGGAGCUGAAAUGAUUCCUGCACCUCGUCAUGGGCCCGGGACACCCCGGCUGUUGGGGACAAUAUUUUUUGGGGUCAGCUCUGCCCUUUGUGGUGACAGCUCCCAAAAAGAGCCCAGUGUGGGGUUGUGUGAGUGCUGCUCCAGCUUCAGCUGGGAAUUCUGCUCUGGAGAGCGGAAUCGAGCUCUGGGAGGCACCUCUGUCCCCGCCAUCCUCACCCCUGGGGUGUCCCCAACCCUGUGGGGUCACCCCCGGCUGUUCCCAUUCCUGGGGAAUCUGCCGGGGCUGGAGCGGAUGUGGAGUCACCAUCCUGAGACACAGACGCUUCCUGCUCGCAAAAUAAAAGCUCCGGGUUUUGGUUUGGUUU